AUGCACAAAUUCCUGUUGUCGGCCGCGUUGGGAGACAGUCCGGUUCAGGUUGCCUGUCCUAAGUGCCAUCAGAUGGUCCUCUCUAAGGUGGACUACUCCCCUGGUUUGCUCACCUACCUUUUCUGUGGAGGGCUCUUCUUCUGUGGCUUUGUUUUAGGUUGCUGUCUCAUCCCGUUCUGUGUGGACCGGCUGAGAGACGCCAAGCACUCCUGUCCUACCUGCAAGACUGUACUCGGCGUGUAUAAACGCUUAUAA